AGACAGCAGCAAUGGGAGGCCGUACAGGGACCCAUGAGACACUGUGGACCUGGCAGCAGCAUGAGGAGGCGGUACAGGGGCCCAUGGCAGACUGUGGACCUGGCAGCAGCAUGAGGAGGCGGUACAGGGGCCCAUGGCAGAUUAGGGGCCUGGCAGCAGCUAUGGGAGGCCCGUAAUCUGCCAGCACCCUAUGACAAAAAAUGGAACACACCAGCAGUGUGUGAGGAGACCUGAAAGUGGCACAUGGCAGAGUGUGGCGAUGGAGACAGCAGCAAUGGGAGGCCGUACAGGGACCCAUGAGAGACUCUGGACCUGGCAGCAGCAUGA